UGCUUGGCAUAGGCCAUGGAAACACACUACUCACUGAUCUGUACAACUGCCACCUGACCAAGGCUUACACUGUUGGUGGGCUGUUUGGUAAAGCCACUGAUGACUUCUCAGACACAGGGAAGCUAGUAGAGAAGACAACAUUUGAUCAUAUCACAAGGGAGAAGCUGGAGCGGAUUCUCGCUGUCAUUCAAGGAACAAAUCAUAAGGCCCUGCUGAUGCAUUCUAACAUUGAUAUGAAAACACAAGAGGCAUACGAGCUCGCUGUCAAAGGGUUGAUUCGCCCCAUGGGAAAAAGCCCUCCGAUAAUCACAGCAAUCCGAUGCCUCCAGUUCGCUCCUCCAGAAUUUCAACUAGAAAUCCAUUGCUUGCAUGAGACUCAGCAGUACCUCCGGAAAGUAGUUCAUGAGGUUGGUCUGGAGCUGAAAUCAUCGGCCGUGUGCACGCAAGUGCGGAGAAUACGCGAUGGUGUUUUCACGCUGGAUGAUGCCCUCCUGAGAACCCAGUGGAACCUGCAGAGCAUCCAGAAUGCAAUUUGGGACUGUCAGCUUAAAGUGAGAACAGAGUUAGAGAAGACGCUAGGCUGUCAGGAUGAAAACCUUCUUCAGAAGAUGGACGUGGAGGUGGCCCACGCUGCAGACAGCUGA